UCUUCUUGCAGCUACCUGGUGGACGAGGAACUCUGGCUGGCGAUGGAGUUCAUGGACAGCGGCACGCUGUUCGAUGUGCUCAGGGCAGUGUACCUGGAGGAAGGACAGAUAGGCGCUGUCUGUCGGGAGUGCCUGCAAGGACUGCAUUUCCUUCAUUCCCACCGAGUCAUCCACAGAGACAUCAAGAGCAGCAACGUUCUUAUGGGCACCGACGGAUCGGUCAAAUUGGCUGACUUUGGUCUCUGUGCUCGGCUCAGCCCUGAGUGCAGCAGCUGCCACUCCAGCGUCGGCACUCCCAGCUGGAUGGCACCAGAAGUGGUGAGAGGAGAAGCCUACGGCCCCAAAGUGGACAUCUGGUCCCUGGGCAUCACGGGGCUGGAGAUGGUGGAAGGGGAAGCUCCUUACCAGAGGGAGCCCAAGUUCAGGGUUUUUGAACUGAUCGAAUGGAAUGGGCCCCCAAAACUGCAAAACCCCAGGCACCACUCGGCUCUCCUGCAUGACUUUCUGCACUGCUGCCUGCAGGCGGACCAAGACAGGCGCUGGUCUGCCCAGGAGCUCCUGCAGCAUCCGUUUGUGACCUCAGGCCUGCCUCCAGCCUGGCUGCUCUGA